UCUCCUUCCUUUUCUGCGUGGAUUUUUUACUUUUCUUUUUACAAAUUUCUUCCCCAUAAAAAUGUAUUUUUAAAAUUCAUUUCAAGGUCUUCCUACCUCCUUCACUUAUGUAAUUUACAUACUUUGCCCCGAGCUCCAAUUGCCACCCUUGCACCCAUUUCUCUUCAAGUAGCUGUCUCGCUUGAAUUUUCAAAUUUGAACUUAAUACUUUGGAAAAAUAUUUGUACAAGCCAAAACUAUAGGAAAAUAUAAAAAAAUGUAUUUUUCAUCCAAUAAAGUAAACAGAUCCCUUAAGUCUGGUAAUAAAGAUACAAUAUAUAAUCUGCCGUUGUAUUCUCAUAUAUUAGAUAAGUAUUUUGUUAAACAAAUAAAUAGGCUCAAACUUAAGCGUUUGAUUAAACAAUAAAUAUCCUUGAUUACAGUCUCAAUAUCUUCAACGACCUCUCAACAGUUAUUAGAUUCUAGAAAACAGUGACUCAACUUAACAAAAUGAUAUGUCUAUUCAAAGGACUGAUGUCUUUUGCGACAUUUAUACUUUUCCUACCUGAAGGAUAUACACAUCAAUCAUUUCGUAUAGCAGCCAUGACCCGUGGAUUUAAUGUGAACGACACCAAUCCUGAAAUAUUAGGUGGUUCUCAUCAUCAUUGCUACCGGAAAUGCACUGCGGGCGACGUGCGAACUUGUUACUACAGUUUCACUCUAGUCCAAUAUACAUCGAUGAGUUUCGUCUGUGGCGAAUGUCCCUAUAUAAGGACAGACUGUUACAAAAAUGGAUGUAUUUCUGCUGGUGGUUACGUGCGGUCUGUUACCGUGGCAAAUCAUAUGCUUCCCGGUCCAAGUAUACAGGUUUGUCAAGGAGACACGGUACGGGUGGACGUGAUUAAUACUUUUACCAGUGACAGUACUACUAUACAUUGGCAUGGGAUACAUCAAGUAGACAGUCCUUACAUGGAUGGGACACCUUAUUUAACUCAGUGUCCAAUUGCACCACACAACAGUUUCCAGUAUCAGUUUGUGGCUCAGCCAGCUGGAACUCACAUAUGGCAUUCCCAUAUAGGCUUUGAAGAAGCAGAUGGAUUAUACAGCAGUUUAAUUGUACGCAAGAACGACGAUCCACUUGCGAAAUAUUAUGAUUAUGAUUUGGCAGAUCAUGUUAUGAUAAUUUGGCAUUGGUAUCAUUCGUCGACUGCAGCGAUUCUGACGGCAGCACUUCACACCAGUGACUCCGUUUCCGGUUAUAGCUUUCUUAUCAAUGGCUUAACAGCUGACAUUGAAUACACUAAGGACAAUAUUACGUAUACUACUCCUAGAGCAGUGUUCAAUGUUGUACAGGGCCAACGAUAUCGAUUUAGGGUGAUUUACAAUAAUGCCGUGUACUGUCCCGUACAAGUCUCCAUCGAUAAUCACACGUUGUUGAUGAUUGCUUCAGAGAGUGGAACCUUUGAGCCUGUAGAAGUGGAUUCUUUUAUGAUCAACGGUGGCGAAAGAUUUGACUUUGUUCUGUCGGCUAAUCAGACACCAGACAACUAUUGGAUAAGGUACAGAGGAGUUGGUGAUUGUGAAACAAGUUUAGUGACUGUGUCAAAGGAAGCUAUUCUACGUUACAAUGGCGCAGAUAAUAUUGAACCAUCAGGUACAACAACCUACGAGGAUGCAAACAGAGCCGGAGUGUUGUUCAAUGCAGUGCAAAUGUCGACAAAUAAUUAUCCCAACAAUACAGUGAUCAAAGUAGUUGACCUGAAUAAUACUGCGACGAAUCCUGCAAACAUUUCAGGGACACCUGACUAUACUUUUUAUCUACAUUUCUUAUUUAAUACUUUCAAUUCGUUCCAUUCUCCUGGUCCAUAUCCUCAAAUAAAUAAUAUAAGCUUCGAAUAUCCAUCCUUUCCUCUCUUAACGCAGUAUGAGCAUAUAACAGACGAUAUCUAUUGUACAGAGGAUAAUGAUACUGCUAAAGAAUGCAUAGGUGAUUAUUGCACCUGUCCAUACCUCUAUCCGGUAUCAAAAAACAGUUUGGUAGAAGUAGUUUUGGUGGACCUUAGUUUGAAUAGAGACCAGGAUCAUCCAAUGCAUUUGCAUGGGUACGAGUUUUAUGUUGUAGCAAUGGAAUCCGUAGGUGUUAACAUAUCGCUUGACGAAAUUAAAAGGCUCAAUGAGGCGGGAUUGCUUGAUAAGAAAUUAUAUGGUGCUCCAGUAAAAGACAAUAUAGGUGUGCCAUCCAGAGGGUAUACCAUCAUACGUUUCGUAGCGAGUAACCCUGGAUACUGGUUCUUCCAUUGUCACGUGACAAAUCAUGCGGAAAUGGGUAUGGGGGUAGUUUUUAAAGUUGGCGAACACGAAGAAAUGAUACAACCACCAAAGACUUUUCCACGCUGUGGUAAUUGGAAACUCACUGCAAGUUCAUCAAAUGGAGACAGAUCGUUAUUCAAAUUUUUCAGAUAUAAUGUUGUAAUUGUACUGUUAUUAGUAUUUUCGUUGCUUGAUUAAAAAUAUAAAUAGUUAUUCACACCGCUCA